AUGAAAUUAUUUCUUUUUCUUUGCGCCUUAGCAACCGUUGUACGAGCGGCUGAGGAUCUAGGAGCUACAGCCCAGGACGAUGGAGACGUGGUCGCUGGGCCUAAAGAUGUUGAUCUUCAGGUUACUGGCCUAGAAGAUUCUAUUAGCGUCGCUGUGGAAGGUAAAAAUAAGGAUGAAGAAGAGAGGAAGAUCAUGGCCAAGGUCGGUAGCGAGCAGGUGGAAGAACAUAUGGAGAGGGUGAAGAAGAAACUGGACGAUGAGAAGAUUCAGGGAGCUGAUCUCAAGAUGCAACUUACCUACCCGGGCUAUGAUUACGUCCAAAUAAAGAGUAAUUUUGAGGAUCCCUACAGGCUGAAGACAGAAAGAGAAGGGGGUAUCAGAGCGAAGCAAGAUGAACUAAACGGCGCUAGGAAGCUUGCUGUCUCGAAAGCCGAAGAGAUUCUGAAAGGCAAGGGGACAUAUUCUAGAGUCCUUUCAACCAAGAGUCGCCAGUCUCCUUACUAUGUACCCGGGGAAAAUUCAGGCAAGCACAUUAUGCACGCUGAUGGCACCAUCUCCCUUCAAGGCGACGUAGCCGUCACAGAGGAGAAGAAGCAGUUGAAGAAGUUAAAAGCAGAGUUAGAUGGAAUUCCCCCGAAGAAGAGCACGAUGGAACAGCUGGGAGAUAUGUGGGCAAAUCCAGAACAAUCGGCCCCUCAACCACAAGCACAGAAUCAACCAGCCCAGAACCAACCAGAACGUGACCAACUGGCGAAAGAUUUCAAAGACAUCGAAUCCGGUGCGCCAAGGCCCCCGCCAACGGACGCCGAACUCAGCAACGCAGUGAAGGAACUCAAGCAACAAGCAGCAGAAUGGGGAGCAGACACAAUGGGCAGCGGUGAGUCGUGCUCGGUCAGCUACGGACCACGGGGCCUACAACGAAGAGGUUGCGGCAGCGCCAGUGCGAAGAAGAGCCCAGCAGCGAAGAGUCCAGCAACUGUGUUGAACAAGCACCCGGGCCCUAAGCCUGCAACGGGGCCUGGGAGGAAGUCGGGAAAGCAAGAGGGCCGGAAGUCUGGAAGGCCUCAUGGAAAACGACCAGCAACUCAAGGUGCAAGGAGAAAGGGAAAGCAAUCUUCCAGAAAGCCCACCGGAAAGCAGAUCAAACAGUCACCCGGCAAAUCUGGUGCAAGGAAGGCCUUCGGUAAUAAAAAGGCACCCAUCGGAGGCAGUCACAAGAAAGGGGCUGCCCAGGGUGCAAUGAAGGCUGGGAGCAAGAAGAAGACGACUACCCCCAAAAAGGGUGCUCCUCCCAAGAAAUCAGCCAAGAGCGAUGCUACUUCGAAGAAGCCACAUAGGAAGGCUAUCCUCAAGAAAGGGGCUAAUCUCAAAAAGCCAGGGAAGAAGGUCAGGCAAGAAGGGCCUGCUAUUAAGAAUGCUGCUGCUGCCAGGAAGCCUGGAAAGAAGGCUGCUGUUCAUAAGAAAGGACCUAAUCUGAAAAAGUCGGGGAAGAAGGGAUUUGUUCCUAAGAAGCUUGUUAAAAACACUUCUACCUCCAAGAAGCCAGGAAGGAAGGCUACUGUCCUCAAGAAAGGCACCAGUCAUCGAAAUACUGGUAAGAAAGGCACUAUUCCCAACAAGCCUGCCAAGAUGAAGCCUGGAAAAGGCUCCGCUACUUCCAAGAAGCCUGGCAGGAAGAGUGCCACUGCUCUCAAAACUGCUGGCUCCAGGAAGCCUCACAGGAAGGCCAGUGUUGCUAAAAAGACAGCUAAGAAACCUACCCAGAAGCUUGGCAAGAAAGGUGCUGCCAGGAAGAGUGCUGAUCAGCGACCUCUGACUCGAAAGAAGAUUGUCAAGAAACCUGCUGUUCUGAAGAAAUUGGGAAAGAGGCCUGUCACCCCCAAGACCACUGCUACCCCCAAGAAGCCGGGCAAUCCAAAAAAGAUCACCCCUCUCAAGAAGGAUGCGAGGCUGAAGAAAACUCCUGCUUCUAAGAAGGCCUCUAUCAAAAAAGGCGCUAUCUCUCAAAGGCCAACUGUUCCCAGGAAGCCUACUACUCAAAAGAAGACCGCUACUCCAAAGAAGGCUUCUCCUUUGAAGAAGGCCACCACGCCUAAGCAGGCUGCUCUUUCAAAGAGGCCUACUGCUCCUAAGAAGAUCACUGCUCCGAAGAAAGCUCCUCCUCCCAAGAAGGCAGCUCCUAAGAAAGCUGCUGCUCCUAAGAAAGCUUCUCCCCCUAAGAAGGCUGCUCCUAAGAAGGCUGCCCCCAAGAAGGUUGCCCCCAAGAAGGCUGCUCCUCCUAAGAAGGUUACUCCCAAGAAGGUUGCUCCUAAGAAAGCUUCCCCCCCUAAGAAGACUGCUCCUAAAAAGGCUGCCUCACCCAAGAGGAGCAAGAGGAGCUUCGUUUGA